AUGCCAUCUCUCGCCGGCGCCGAAGAGGAAGGACGAGGAAGGGAAGAAGCAAGAUUAUUACGCGAAGACUGUGUACGCGAUUCGGCCCUCCGAGAGGAGUUUCCGGAGCUUUUCUACAGAGAGCUCAGCUUUGAUAUCUACAGGGACGAUAUAGUUUUUAAAGAUCCACGCAACACCUUUUUUGGAAUAGAGAACUAUAAAUCAAUCAUCUGCGAAUUGAGAUUUCAUGGGAAGAUAUUCUUCCGGGGUCUUUGGGUUGACAUUGUGAGCGUGUGGCAACCCGUAGAGAACACGAUAAUGGUCCGUUGGACUGUGCAUGGAAUCCUGCAUAUCCCAUGGGAGAGCCGUAGCAGAUUUGACGGUACCUCAGAGUAA